AUGGAACAACCACAAGGGUUUGAGAAGGGAACUCAGGUCUGUUUGCUACAGAGGUCGCUGUAUGGGUUGAAGCAAUCUCCACGACAGUGGAAUUUGAGGUUUGAUGAGUUUAUGAAGAAACAGAAAUAUACAAGAAGCAAGUUUGACUCUUGUGUAUAUUUCAAGUGUUUUGGUGACAAGGAUUAUGUUUACUUGCUACUAUACGUUGAUGAUAUGUUAGUAGUAGCAAAAGACAUCAAGGAGAUCACAAGACUGAAGCACAUCUUAAGUAGAGAAUUCGAGAUGAAGGAUCUCGGAGCAGCUAGAAGAAUACUUGGGAUUGAUAUUUUCAGAGACCGAAAAAGAGGUAUUCUUCAAUUAUCUCAGCAAGAUUAUCUUGAAAGAGUUCUUAAAGAUUAUGGUAUGUUGGAAUCUAGAUCAGUUCAGACCCCUAUUGGUACUCAUUUUAAACUAUCUAGUACUAAGGCAGAGGAUAUGGCUGAAACUGAGGUUGAGAUGAAAGACAUACCUUAUUCUAAUGCUGUUGGAAGUCUCAUGUAUGCUAUGGUUAGCACAAGACCUGAUAUUGCUCACGCUGUGGGACUUGUAAGCAGAUUCAUGAGCUCACCUUGCAAAGAUCAUUGGAUGGUAGUUAAAUGGGUGUUACGAUACAUAAGGAAUACAACAGAUUUCAAGCUAACAUUCACCAAGUCAGAUAAGUUUGAAGUCAAAGGCUAUUGUGAUAGUGACUAUGCUGCAGAUUUGGACAGAAGGAGGUCAAUUACCGGUUAUGUCUUUCAGGCUGGUGGGAAUACUAUCAGUUGGCGUUCUGGACUUCAGCAUAUCGUGGCUCUAUCAACGAUAGAAGCGGAGUAUAUGGCUCUGGUUGAAGCAGCUAAAGAAGCUCUCUGGUUGAAAGGGAUUGUUGGUGAAUUGGGUUUUCCACAGGAAAAAGUUUAA